UCAAUAGCUAAAUAUGUUAUGGUUAUGGAACUCCAAGUUUAUUUAGUACUAAUUGGGCAUAUGAUGUGGUAAUUUGUUUAAUAAUUGAACCUCGAUCUACCAGGCUUUAGGGACUUGGCGUUUGAUUUAGUUUGUGUGUUAAACUUUGGUGUUCUUUACUGUGUAUAUGUACAUGUGAAGAAUUCAUGUGGAACAAACCUACAGGAAUGUCCCAGAUACGGAAAAGUGAAACUCCUGAAGAUAAGGUGGUCGAAAUCCUGUCGAGGUUGCCGCCCAAGUCUCUCAUGCGAUUCAAAUGCAUACACAAGUCUUGGUGCACUCUCAUCAAAAGUUCAAGUUUUGUGGCCAAACACCUCAGUAAUUCUAUGGACAACAAACUCUCAACCUCCACUUGUAUCCUUCUCAACCGUUCUGAAAUGCCCGUUUUCCCGGACGACAGUUGGAAGUAUGAAGUUUUAUGGUCCAUGAUUAAUCUUUCCAUUGAUAGUGAUGAGCACAACCUUCAUUAUAAUGUUGAGGACCUAAAUAUACCGUUUCCAAUGGAAUACCAUCAUCCUGUAUUGAUUCACGGUUAUUGCGAUGGUAUUUUCUGUGUAAUUACAGGGAAAAAUGUUGUUUUAUGCAAUCCUGCAAUUGGGGAAUUCAGGCAACUUCCCGAUUCAUGCCUUCUUCUACCUGCCCCUCCUGAGAGAAAAUUCGAAUUGGAAACGACCUUUCGGGCAUUGGGAUUUGGCUAUGAUUGCAAAGCUAAAGAAUACAAGGUUGUGCGAAUUAUAGAAAAUUGUGAAUAUUCUGAUGAUGAGCAAACAUAUAAUCAUCGUAUUUCUCUUCCUUACACUGCUGAGGUAUACACAACGACUGGUAACUCUUGGAAAGAGAUCAAUAUUGAUGUAUCAAGUAAAGCCUAUCCAUGUUCUUGUUCAGUGUACUUGAAGGGAUUUUGUUAUUGGUUUGCAACAGAUGGCGAGGAAUACAUACUUUCAUUUGACUUAGGAGAUGAGAUAUUUUACAGAAUACAAUUGCCUUCUAGGAAAGAAUCCGGUUUUAAGUUUUAUAGUCUUUUUCUGUAUAAUGAAUCAGUCACUUCUUAUUGCUCUCAUUACGAUCCAAGCGAGGAUUCUACAUUAUUUGAAAUAUGGGUGAUGGACAACUAUGACGGAGUUAAGAGUUCAUGGAAGAAACUCCUAACCGUUGGACCCCUUAAAGGCAUUCGUUAUCCAUUGACACUUUGGAAAGGUGACGAACUUCUUAUGCUUGCCUCCGACAAAAGAGCCACCUCCUAUAAUUCUAGUACCAGAAAUCUCAAGUAUCUUCAUAUUCCUCCUAUUAUCGAUGAGAUCAUAGAUUUCGAAGCUCUUAUUUAUGUGAAAAGUAUUGUUCCAAUCAAGUGAGGAGUGGUCACAGUUCCAUUUUACCCUAUUUAAUUUGUAUGUAUGAUAUAAGGCUUGAGUUUGCACCUACAAACUUUGCUUUCCAGCCUUUGUACUAUGCUUAUCAAGGGCUACCUUUAGUUUUCGGGCCUUCCAAAUUUUGUAAUAUUUCAAAGUGUAUGAUAACUAUUCUUCUACGGUUACUUAA